AUGGUCCAACCCACAACACCAGCCACUAACGGCCACAUUCCCACACCUCACAUCGCCAUUUUGGACACAGACACAACAGUCCCGGCAAUCCAAGAAACGCACGGAAAAUACUACAGCGCAGCCUAUAUCAAGCACCUAACCAACGCCGCAACCCGCGCCAACAUUCCCCUCCCCAAAAUCACAACCUGGGACGUCCUCGCGGGAUCCUACCCGGACCCCUCCGGCGUCACCUCGAUCCUGAUCACAGGCUCCAUCGCCGCCGCCUACGACACCGACCCCUGGGUCCUCGCCCUCGCAGCCUUCAUCAAGGACGUCUACGCCAACCACCCGCACGUCCGCAUCUUCGGGACCUGCUUCGGGCACCAGCUCAUCGGCCAGGUCCUCCUGGGCCCGCACGGCGCCGUCGUCGAGAAGGAUCCCAAGGGGUACGAGUUCGGCGUCCAGACGAUUUCUCUCCACCCCAAGCUCGUGCGGGACUUCCCCUGCCUGGAAAAGCUCGCUAAGGUCGACGGGAAGGAUGAGCGCGGGCUGAGGCUGCAGAUGUGUCACGGCGACCACGUGGCUCUGCCGAAACCAUCCGGAAAGCUACCCGGCGAGUGGGUGAAUAUUGGAGGCAGUGAACAUUGUGUGGUACAGGGGCUUUACGAGCCGGAGAGGGUGCUUACUAUCCAGCCCCAUUUCGAGGGAGACCAGGUCAUGAUGGAAGAGACGAUUAAGUACUUUUACACGCCUGAGAAGGGCUUCUCUCCGGAGUUUCUGCAGAAGGCGUUUGACGGUACGAGGAAGGAAGAUGACGCUGCUGUGGCGGCUGAGUGGGUUCUUAGAUUUCUCAUAGGCAUGUCAUGA